GUAGAGCGGCACAUCUGGACGGAUUUCCCCGAGCAGAAGCUCGAGCGCUUGCACAGCUGUAAUGUUGCACUGUAGCUGCUGUAUAGUAGUAUACAGCAAUACUUGUCCUUUAUAGUUAUACUAAUAGUUGUCCUUUAUUUUUUGCACUCGGAAACCAUGGAGACUUUCGCCAGAGUCAGUGAGGAAACCCUGGUUUUAAACCUGUCGCGUUUGCACCUGGCUGACUUGAACCUGGAGCACAUCACGGAGCCACAACGCAAAAAGAUACAAGAGCUUCACCUUACAUACAACAGCCUGGCGUUUUUCCCCACUCCCCUAUACAUGUUUUCCAGCCUGGAAUUCCUGGACAUGAGUAAUAACGCGCUGACUGUUUUUCCUGAGGACAUUCUGCAACUCACAAAACUAAAGACGCUGGUCGCGAAAAAUAACCAGCUGGAUGAAGCUUCGUUUCCGAAGCGGUUCGGUUCGAUGCCCAUCGAGACCCUGAACUUCAGCGGGAACCGAUUUAAAGAAAUACCAAGGCAGUUCCUGGAACUGAGCCGACUGCAGUCUCUGUCCAUGGGAGGAAACAGAUUAAAAAGCAUUCCAGCAGAGAUAGGAAACUUAACCAGGCUGGAGAUGUUGUAUCUGGGAGGAAAUCUGAUCUCUUUCAUUCCUCAAGAGCUGGCUAACCUGCGCUGUCUCAGGUACCUGGUGCUGUGUGACAACUGCAUCCAGAGCGUUCCACCUCAGCUAUACAGGUUGCACUCCUUGCUGUGUCUCAGUCUCCACAAUAACCUCUUGACGUUUCUACCACGUGAGAUCCUCAGCCUCGUGCACCUACAGGAGCUCAGUCUACGCGGUAACCCUCUGGUAGUGCGCUUUGUCAAGGACAUGACCAAUGAACCCCCAUCCUUGCUCGAGCUGGCAGGACGGACCAUUAAAUCCCGGAACCUUCCGUACCUCGUGAGUGACCUCCCACAGAACCUGUACCGCUACUUGGACUCGGCCAGCAAGUGUCCCAACCCCAAAUGUGCGGGUGUUUACUUUGACUCACGAGUGCGCCAUAUCAAGUUUGUCGACUUCUGUGGAAAGUUCCGUCUGCCCCUAAUGCAAUACCUCUGCUCCCCUGAAUGUAGCUCUCCCUGCAGCUCCACCCCACAGAGCGACGCUGAGUCAGAGGACGAGAGCAGUGUCCCGGCAGACAGGCUACAGAAGGUGCUCCUGGGAUAGCACAGCCACCUUCUACAGUUAUAAAGUAUAAAAAAAAGUAUAUUUUUGUAAUGAAAAAAAAAAUAAACCUGUCUGGAUCGGUACUGAAUGAUCAACAGCAUCAGCCUGUCCAUGAAUGUCCAUUAUUGAGCUUAAAGUGACCCAAUAAAUAAUGUGAUCUACUCA